AGGUGCAGUGCACGGAUAGGUAGACUUAUCUUGAUUGACAGUCUCUCCUAGGCACUGUAGUAGCUUCAGAGCGCUGUGGCUUUGGCGCUGUCCACAAGAGAGCAGGUUCUGAAACGCGCCGUGCGCUCGUUCAGUGGUUGCGCGAUAAGGACGGAGGCUCGCUGCACAUUCAACGCUUCUCACCGCCGGGGCAUUCACACUGGAAAAACAUUGUUCGGCGGACAACAUCGUCGUUUGCGACCCUCCUGCAGUGACCCAGAGAAACACCGUUUGAGCCAUCUGAGACUUCCCGUGGAUUUUUAUAAAAGUUGAUAAAGCCUGUUUUUCUUCACGAGUUUUUUUUUGGACAUUUUACAAGAAUUCGGGCUUCAGACGAUGCACUUUUUAAUUUCAUACAUCCACGGUCGUAUGUCUAUUGUUGGGAGACCCUCUUACUGCAGGAGUAUUAUUCGAAAACGAGAGUCUGAGGGAGUUCUGAGCUAUUAGAUGAUCAGGAUGCGAGGAAAUCACAUUCAUGUGAAGUUGCGUUGAAAAUUAAGUAGAUGUUUUGGCUUGUUGUAAACCGAACCAGGAUUUUUACAAAUCGCCAGUAGAGACUGUUAACGGCGCUCUGACAGCACGAACCUCGGUCACAGUUCACGGGUCACGGUCAGUGGAGCGAGGAUGUCAAGAUAGAUCUGCUUAGAAACAAGACUUCUACAUUUUUAUUUCGAACUAUAAGGACACUGUUCGGACUAAUACUAAAAGCAGUUCAGUUUAUCAGGGCUUUUAUUAAAAAUACAGUUACUCUCGACCCCAGCCCCCCCCCUAAAAGGAUCUUCUCGCCCACUGCUGUGAGUUUACUCUGGAUGUUGGGCCGCAGAAGCAGUGUCCUGACCCUGCAGGGUUGUGUCCUGCCCACAUAUUUUCAUUCUGUUUUGACAUAUUAAUGAUGGAUGAGAUCAAUUAUUAUUUAUGAAUUAUCGUUUUCUAUUUCACAUAAGCUACUAAGGUAAUUUACUACUACUUCAGGUUAAAUAGUUGUUUUUAAAACCAAAGUUUCUUUUCACUUCUAAACGUUUAAAACGAGUUUAAAAUAAACUAUUUCGAACAGAACGGACUGACUGCACUCUCAAAAACCUUUAAAAGAGCGAGAACGGGACAUUACAGGUUGUUUGGUGUGUUUUUUUUCAACGGGAAGGUCUGUUCCACUAACCGAUGGAAAUCCACUGCAAACACGACCCGUUCGCCGCGAUGCACAGGCAUGGAGGGGUGAAUCAGCUGGGUGGGGUGUUUGUAAAUGGGCGGCCUUUGCCUGACGUGGUGAGGCAGAGGAUAGUGGAGUUGGCCCAUCAGGGCGUACGCCCCUGUGACAUCUCCCGCCAGCUCCGGGUCAGCCACGGCUGCGUCAGCAAGAUACUUGGCAGGUACUACGAGACGGGCAGCAUUAGACCAGGGGUGAUCGGAGGCUCCAAACCAAAGGUUGCUACACCCAAAGUCGUUGACAAAAUCGCCGAUUACAAACGCCAAAACCCCACCAUGUUUGCCUGGGAGAUCCGCGACAGACUGCUGGCAGAAAGAGUGUGUGACAAUGACAGCGUUCCUAGCGUCAGCUCAAUCAACAGGAUCAUUCGCACUAAAGUCCAGCAACCGCCUGGCCAAUCAGGAGCUGUGUCCGCCCAUAACUUAGCCUCUACGGUGGCAGUGACCCAAGUGUCUGCCGUAACCAGCGACGCCGCAGGUUCCUCCUACUCCAUUAGUGGAAUUCUUGGAAUUAGCUCACCUGCCGAUGCAAGCAAACGGAAAAGAGACGAAACUCUCCACGACUCUCCCUUGGCCAAUGGCCACGGCCACUCGGGGCGGGACUUCUUGCGCAAGCAGAUGCGGGGAGACCUCUUCACGCCACAACAGCUCGAGGUAUUGGACCAUGUCUUUGAUCGACAGCCCUAUCCUGAAAUUCACACUGACAACAUCAGCAACAAGCCCGCCCAGACGCCUGAUUACUCAGCCAUGGCAUCUCUGGCUGGCGGAUUGGAAGAGAUGAAAAACAGCUUGGCCAAUCAGACGGGAGUAGAGUUGGGUUCAACCCUUGCAGGACCUCAAUCAUAUCCACUAGUGUCUGGUCGUGACCUGGCCAGCACCACGCUUCCUGGUUACCCCCCUCAUGUUCCUCCGACUGGACAGGGGAGUUACUCCACACCAUCCCUUACAGGAAUGGUACCUGGAGGAGACUUUUCCGGUAGCCCUUAUUCUCAUCCCCAGUAUUCUACAUACAAUGAGUCUUGGAGAUUCGCAAACCCCAGCCUACUAGUGUUCCAGCCGGAAUAUGGUUCUUUACUGGGUUCUGAGAGAGCAGCUUCAUCGGGCCUAUUCCCUGGCCAAACAACCCAACCCACAGGUUCUCCGUACUACUAUAGUGCAGCAACACGAGGGACGGGAACGACUGGCGCAGCAACUGCCACUGCCUACGAUCGCCACUGACCAGCCAGGCAAGAAAUCAAGAAAACAAUGAACGAGUGGGAGAAAUGCAAAGAGAGCAAUGUGAAUGGAUUUACCCACAAAAGACUGCCUAAAGACCUAGCAGGAAGGGAAAAUGAAAUGAAGAGGUGACAAUGUUUUCCUGCCAAUUACAAUCAAUGUUCAAAUCAAUAGCUUCAGCUUACGUGUGUCGAAUUUCUGUACAUUAGUGCAAAGUUACACCCAUACGCCCUGAUUUCAGUUCACCUGCUGGUCUCAGCUCACCCUAAAUCUGUUGGUUUGAUUUAUCUACUGUCAUAAAAGCCUUUCUCGUCCUUGCAUCUCUAUGCAUUCUGUUCAUAUAGAGAUGAUCAGGUGUUGGGAGUUGGUACCAGACAAUCUACUUGUGGCAGCUUGAGAUGACCUGCAUGAUUUAAGUUGAAUGAGUUGUGUUAUGAUGUAUAAAUGUGGCGUCACAAUCCACAACAUUUUCUGUUUUACUGGUCAGACCUACAGCAAGGAAUUGUUUUUUGGAGAGAAACAUUUUAUCCCUCAAACAGCAAAUCAACAGAGAUUCAAAAGAUUUGGACAGAUAACUCAGGUAGGACUAAUAGCAUAUUUACAUUAAAAGUAUCCAGUGUGAAAGACAGAGCCAGUUGUGUUCACCAUUGAUCAUGGGACUUGAAAUUCUAAUGUAGUUUUGGAAAGGAAAGAUGUUACAGAAAGUCGCUGAAGCACAACUUUAUAUAACUCAAUUCAUAAUGGAGUUUUGCUUUGUUUUGCUUCUCUGUAUCUUAUAUGACAGAAUAAGAGAAAGUUUAGCAUUAGCUGCAAUGUGACUGUAAUGUCUCAUUCAGCUUUGGCUAAAAAACGGGAGACUCAAAUGUAACCUUUUGUGUUUCACUCAUUCCGAGUGAUUAUGUUGGAAAACAGCAGCAUGAUUUCAAAGUUGUAGCACUGUUACGAAUGAGAGCAUCAGCAUUUUAAAGAUUCCUCUCCUUGCUCUGUGUGGAUAAAUACUAUUUACGUAUGUACAGAAUAUUCAACUGUACAUUAGUAAAAUUUAUAGCUAUUUAUGAUGGAGAGUAAUAUAUAUAUAAAUGUGUGUCAAAGUUUACUGCCAACAAAUGCUACGAUGCUAGCUAAAGAUGUUGCUGUGAAAGACGUAGCCGGUUAUAUUUUUAAACACUCCUCUUGGAUUUUCAAGUUCGCAAAUCUCACUUGGAAGCGUCACAGACAAACUUUUGUAAAGUUGUUUCUUUUUGCGUAGAAGGAAAUUAUGUCAUACUGUCUGUCGCUAAUCAUCACCCUAGCCUAGCCUCCCCAAAGAUGUUUUUCACUAGUGCAAGCAGAAGCUCUUAAAAGCACAAAGAUUUCCCUUCACGAUAUCUCUCUCCGAGUGCAGUUAAUUUAUGCGUUCCCUUCAUCCAUACUGCGCCAAGACAAUGCAUGAGACCGUGGUGGAGGCCUUACCAAACUCUGUAUGUAGCAACAUCGUGCUGUACAGCCUUCCUGUAUGUCUGUCUGAAAUAGCCCGUGCGUAUAUAACUUACAAGGACAAGAGCUUUUUGAUAUCACUAUUGACUGCUAUAUUGAUAUCUAGAUUCUAGUGGAUGAGAAAAGACAAAAAAGUGUUCUUUAUUUAGCUAUUGUCUGUUGUGACGAGUGUUCCCAGUUCUUGAGUUUUGUUUUUGUUUUCAAUACACUGUGCAUUGCUAAGUAGCUUUCUGAAAAGGAAAACAAUGUAGUUUCAGUAGUCACAAGCACCAAAACUUGAUGUGAAUAAGAAAAAAAUGACAAACAUAUGAAUAUAUAUAUACAUAUAUAGAGAGACGUUGAUAGUUUUUAUGGUUUUAUGUUGUUCUGGACUGUAAUGUAGUAAUAGGAUUACGUUUGUUUUGUAGACCUUAAGUUGCACGUUAUGCAACUCUAAAGAAACCCUUGAUGCCGUUCACCACUAAUGACUACUGGUGAACUUUGACCUUUUAAACUUUUAGUCAGAGGCAUUAUGAACCUGAAGUACACCAGCUGAAGUCAAGGACAGUGCCUUUAUUUUUCUACCAAGUCAUUCAGAAUGACCAGCGCGUCUCUAAAUUACGAAACUGUCUGCGUGAUGUGAUGAGAUCCGAACUUGACCAACCAAUCAGAAAACAGUGAUCACAACUUUUUUACGGUGUUGUUUAUACAUGCGUUAAAACCCUGGUAACUGUUUUCUUGUGGCUGUCUGAACACCCUAGAAAAGGUGACGAUGAUACACAUGAUCAGACAUUUUUUUAAUAUUCAACAUUAGAUAAAAAAUUAUGUUCUGUGAAAUACAGUAUUAUAUUGUAUUCCCCAUACCCCACUUAAAAGUAGCCAGCAAGUAAUUUAAUCUAAACUGAUUUGCAGAAAAAUAUAUUAUGUGCUUUUUUCUACACUGUAAUUUUAUAAUGAAAUUAAACGGUACAAUAAAGUCGUUCAUGGCAACAUUAAUGUCAUUUUUUUGGUUUAAUACUUCCAUAAAUGCAGCAUUAGUCUACAUGUGAAUCUGACCAUGUUUGCUCCAAUACAGAAUUCCUGUCGGCUUAAAAUACACACACAAAACGCACACGCUCAGUCCCCUUUUGUCCUUUGUCAGGUCAGGAAUAUGCCACACCUCCCCAUCGGCAUGAUCAAAACCUGCUGUGCCAUCAGAAUCGAACGGCCCUUUCUCUUUUCUCAUCUCCUCUUAUUUCAAUUUCUGAUUUCCAGCCCCCACUCCAUUUUACUCUCUUUGUCUCGCUGGUGCACCUUUAAUCUCAUCAGAUCUGCCCAACCUCCUUCCCAAUGCCAUCAGGAUUAGGAACUCUACAAGUUGGCUGUUGAUCACCUUCGUUCUGAAAAUCUUCCAAUUUCAAGGAAGAUUAUGGUUUUGUAAUUAAAAAUAAUUCCGUUUUGUGGAAAGGAGAUUUCUUGAAAGGAAUUUGAUAAAUGUCUGUUUAAAGCACCCAUGUCACCAUAUUGAGCGAUUAAUUAAAUUGAUUAAUUUAGUCAUCUAUUGCAUAUACAUGUUUCUGUUUUGUGCGUUUUAUUUGCAUUAUAUGCAUUUUAACUUCAGAAUCUAAAUGCCAGUUUUUGAUCUUUGGUAUACUCAUUCAAACUCUUGUUUUCAAAAAUGUGGCAAAUUAAAUACUCAAAAUGUAAUAAACCCUAAACAUAGUUAACACUCUGAAUGGUAAAAAAAUCAGUUAUGAUCAGUCAGAAAUAAAUUUGUUAAAAUAUUAGAUGAAAAGAGGACUUUUCCAAAUUCGAAAGCAAAAUUUGGUUCAUAAUUCUAAUCUAGAAUUCACUCUUUCGUUCUUAAAUCGGGAUCUUACAAGCACGUCAUCACGAAACAUUUCCCAGUUUAAAAAAGCAGACUUUAAAUGACAGAGGACUUGGUUAUCACCUUAUUGUGGCCUUCUGUGUACAAUCGGAAGCUCCUUCUGUAAUCGUUUCUUUCCCAAGGGGUUCAUAAGUAUUUUUUACUACGUUUUUGAAGAUUUUGAGAAGGUUUUGACGAAUUUGAUAACACGGCAAUCAGUUCGAUUCAAAAGAAGAAAAGAAACACAAAUAUUUUGACCAAUAUCAAAUCUGUAGUGUUUUGAAAGUAUUCUCUGGUGAGCAAAAACAUUCAAAUGAUGAAAUAACCAACAUCGUAGAAAGCUGUAGUAAAAUGAUUUGCGAGGAGUAAAUGAAUGAACUGCUUCUUUAAGAACUAUGUAUGUUUUUUAUUGAAUUUUCUAGUAGUAAAAAUAUCUUGGUGUUUUUCUCUGCGUGUCGUGUGUUGUCUUAAUAUUUGAAUGUAUUUACUGCGGAACAAAAUUUGCCAAAGAUGUCAUCCCACUUGAUUUUAAUCUUUUUUUGGUUCUUCAUUUUAUUAAAAUCUGCUCACAAGCUGAAAAUAAAUGUGAUUUGAAAUUGAUUUUCUAAUGGAAUUAUAUUGUUAAUAUUAUUAUAAUUAUUCCUAUUUUUGUUUAUUUGUUUGUUUACUGUUGUUCAGGGUUGUUUUAAGUGAAAUGUUCUAUUGUCUGGCAUUCGUCCAUUGAACCCUGAUACAGGGUGAUAAAUUACUCUGUGUAUGUGCAUAUGAGUGAAUGUUGUUUGUGAAUUAUCAAUUUACGUAUGUUGUAAUGUGAAACUAAGAAGUAAUUAUUUGUAAAUAUUGG